UGUGUAGGGAAUCAACUAUCUGAAACUCGAAUAUUAUUAGAAUAUAGCCUCUUUGAUCCCAAUUGCCUGCAACUCUUGCACAAAGGGAGCAGCAUUUUCCGGCCGUGUUUAGUUCCAAAGUUAUUCUUCAAACUUCCAACUUUUCUACACACAUAAACUUUCAACUUUUCCGUGACAUCGUUCGAAUUUCAACCAAACUUUCAAUUUUAGUGUGAACUAAACACAGCCUUCAUAGAGAGAGAGAGUGAGAGUGGUUUAUAUAUAGAGAAGCAGAGGUGUCUACUUCUCUCCAAGAACACAGCACACAACACUAGUCAUCUUCUCUCUCUAGCUUUGCAGAAUGCAGAGCUAACCACCACCAUUGUCAGCAUUUCUUGGUUUUCUUCUCCUGCUUGUUUCCUUGUCUUGUGGUGCAUCACAUCGUAGCUGCCUCCUCGCAUUGUUGUGUGCAAGAAAGGUCGUCUUCUUCUUCUCCUUGGCUGUCUGAAUUACCUGAAACCAGCCUUGGAUACAUUGUCGUGUCCAAGAGCUGAAAGAGCAUGGAGAUGAUGAGCUUGGAGGAGGAGGAAACAAUGGCUUCUCCUACCACCUCUUCGUGUGGCACAUGCAAAUGCGGUGCCAACGACGACAAGGCGAAGAAGAUGAAGACGAAGACCAAGAAGUGCGAGCUAGUGGGCUAUGAGGAGCUGCCCGAAUGGCUCAAGGACAACGAGUUCAUCCAUGGCUACUACCGGUGCGAGUGGCCGAUGAAGGAGACCAUCCUUAGCAUCUUCUCUAUCCACAACGAGACCCUCAACGUCUGGACGCACUUGAUAGGGUUCUUGCUGUUCCUCUGCCUGGCAAUAUUCACAGCAAUGGUGAUCCCAAGUGGUGACAAUCUUCACAGCAACAGCAGCAGAAGCAGGAGCAAUGCAACAGCUAUGGACUACUACUACAUCCAUGGAGAUCUGAUGGUGAUGAGCAACAUGACAAGGGUGCUGAGGCAUGAGGCACUUGCAGCAGCAGCCUGUCUCCUGCUGCAUGAUCCAGCAGAUUUGUCUCAACAUGAGCAGAUCUCAACCAGCUGUCCAACCAACACAUCCUCCUGUUACACCUCCUCCUCCUCCUUCUCUCACCUCCACAAUGUGCGGCAACAUGCCAUCCAGGACGCCGGCAAGGUCACUGCCGCCACCGCCGCCGCCAUCGCCGAGCCGAUCACACGGUGGCCGGUGUUCGCCUACCUGGGCGGCGCGAUGGCGUGCCUGCUGGCAAGCACGGCGUGCCACCUCCUCCUGUGCCACUCGGAGCGCGCCAACUACGUCACCCUCCGCCUCGACUACGCCGGCAUCGCCGCGCUCAUCGUCGCCUCCUUCCUCCCCAUCGUCCACUAUUCUUUCCUCUGCGACCCCUGGCUCCGCCGCGCCUACACGGCCGCCAUCGCCUGCGCCGGCGCCGCCACCGUGACGGCAUCGCUGGUGCCGGCGUUCCAGUCCCCCAGGCUGCGCCCGCUCCGCGCCGCGCUCUUCUCCGGGCUGGCCGCGUCGGGCGUCGUCCCCGUCGCGCACAAGAUGGUGCUCUACGGCGGCACGGUGCGGGAGGCGGCGACGUCGGCGCGGUGCGAGGCCGCCAUGGGCGCGCUCUACGCGCUCGGCGUUGCCGUGUACGCCGCGCGUGUGCCCGAGCGGUGGUUCCCCGGGCGGUUCGACCUCGUCGGGCACAGCCACCAGCUGUUCCACCUCCUCGUCGUCGCCGGCGCCUACGCCCACUACCUCGGCGCCCUCGAGUACCUCAAGUGGCGGGACGCUGUCAAAUGCUGACGUCAUCUCGCCAUGACACCGAGAGUGUGAAGUGGAUUCAUUUUACCAAAGAAAAUGAGAAUUUUAACUGAGCUCACUGGUGGUGGUUUGGACACAAUUGUUGUCUGUAAAAAUAACUGCCAUUCCAACUUGAUGGAAAAAAGGAUGAGAUAUGCAUGGGAUUAGACAAUCCGUGCUUCUUCCGUUUAAAAUAAGUGUAGCUAUGUAGUUUAAAUUUUCGUCCCAAAAUAAAUAUAUGUAGCUGUGUAAAAAGAGGGGAGUAGUGUGUUUUUAGUGGGUUAAAGAGGUGAUGAUUUGAUUAUGUAAAAACAGAGGCCGGAUUGAUUGGGCGUGAGAUGUAAUUUGUAGUAGUAAGCAAAUAACACUUGGGUAAUUACCAAUAA